UCUGGCCUCCCCAGGGGGCAUCCCAGGGGCUCCCCCCGCGCUCCGUGCUGCGAUGGUACGGUCCCACCUGGCAAACCGAUGUGUUCCCCCCCAGGGGCGUGCGCGGUGGUAGCGGCCGGGGCGGGGCGGAAGGGCGCGCGCGGGGCUCGCGGCGCGGAGCGGCGCGCGAGGUGUCACCAUGUUCGGUUCCUCCCGGGGGGGGGUCCGGGGGGGCCAGGACCAGUUCAGCUGGGAGGACGUCAAGACGGACAAACAGCGGGAGAACUACCUGGGGAACUCUCUGAUGGCGCCGGUGGGCCGGUGGCAGAAGGGGAAGGACCUGACCUGGUACGCCAAGGGCAAGAAGGAGACGGGCCCCCCCUUGUCCCGCGAAGAAGAGCUGGCCGCCGUCCGCCUGGCCGAGCAGGAGGCCAUGAUGGCAGCACUGGGCUACAAGAACGUGAAGAGGCAGCCCACCGGCCUCAGCAAGGAGGACCUGGCUGAGGUGUGCAAGCGGGAUGGCGCCGAGCGGGACGAGAAGGACGUGGACCGGGUGGUGGGUUUGGGCAGCUCCAGCGGCAGUGCCGGCCGGGUGAUGCUCUCCAAGGAGGACAAGGAGGCGGCCAAGAUGGGGCUCUCCAUCUUCACGCACCAGAAAGUCUCCAGCAGCCCCGAGACGUCCGGCUCCAAGAAGAAGCAGGAGAAGGAGGAGAAGGUGGAGGAGAAACGACCAGAGGGCGGCAAGAAAUCCAAAAAGGAGAAAAAGAAGAAGAAAAAGAAGAAACACAAGAAGGAGAAGAAGAAGGACAAGCAUCACAAGAAGGAUGCUGCCCCGUCAUCCUCUGAUUCUUCUCCGGACCGGGAUGAGAGGCACCACCGAAGGAAAACCCAGCAGCGCCCAGAGCCAUCGCGGCACGGUGGCCGGCGGCGGCACGACACGGAUUCUUCUGCCAGCAGCCGGGAUUCGGGCAGGAGCCCCUCGCGCCGUCCUGCCCGUCGGCGGAGCCGGAGCCGGGAUGGCCGUGGUCGCCACCCGUCCCCGCGCCGCAAGGGGAGGAAGAGGAGCAGGAGCCGGUCCCCUCCGUCCCGUGGGGUCAGGCAACGCCACGACACCGAUUCGGAGGACUGAGAGGGAGAUGAUGGUUUUUUUUUUCCAGGGAGAUCUCGCAUAGGCUAUAUAUUUUUUAAGGUUAUUAAAUUAAAAAAGCCGCAGCUCUGCGGUUGCUGGGGCUGAGCCUGGCAAAGGGCAUUAGGUGUUGCGAUGCUGGCUGCCCCUUCCCUGCCCGUGGCUCCUGGUCUUCAACCUGGGGCAGCACCGGCAGCUCUCCCUGUGGUCGAUCCCAGCCAUGGAGGGGGCAGCAGGCACCCGGGCACCCUUCUCCUCACUCCCUGGAUCCAUCCAUCCAUCCAGGCGGGAUUUAGCACGGAGGAUGCUGUGGGAUGGGUGCUGGCACUGGGACGGGGCCGGCUGCAAUGCUGGAAAUGCUGCAGAUGCCUCGUGUUUAUGUAAAGAGACUUUGGAUACAGUUAUUAUUAUUAUUGUUAUUAUUAUGUUUUUUUAAUAUUUUCUUCCAAAGCCCUCGAGUAGCUGCCAGCAAAGCAGCUGGAGGAGAGUUUGUUUCCUCAAACCCUCCCUGAAGUUCAUCAGCUGCAAAAUAAAACCCGGGGCUCGCGCACUGCCGGGAGGGUUUUGCAUCUUGGAGCCGGUGGGUUUAUGGUGGCCGAGCUGUGGGGCUCUCCAUGGAGUGAUAGGUGCUCGUCAUGGGGCAAGGUUGCUCUCUGUGGGGUGAUGUGUGGGGCCACAUAUGCUCUCUGUGGAGCAGUGGUGCCCUCCACAGGCUAUGGGUGCUCUCCAUGGGGUGAUGGCUUGUCCCCAUGGGGCCACACAUGCCCUCCAUGGAGCAGUGGUGCCCUCCACAGGCUAUGGGUGCUCUCCAUGGGGUGAUGGCUUGUCCCCAUGGGGCCACACAUGCUCUCCAUGGAGCAGUGGUGCUCUCCAAGGGCCACGGGUGCUCUGUAUGGGGCAAUGGGUCCUCCCCAUGGGGCCACACGUGCUCUCCAUGGAGCAGUGGUGCCCUCCAUGGGCUAUGGGUGCUCUCCAAGGGCCACAGUUGUUCUCCAAGGGGUGGCACGUGCUCCCCAUGGGGCAUCAAAUAAUCUCCACAAGGCACGCAUGCACAUAUGAGCAGGGGAGCUCCCCCUGAAACCCCCAGGAGAGGACAGAGCCCUGCCUGGGCUGCCCCAAGGUGACAUUGACCCCCCCCACC